GUCGUCAAAGUCGGCAACUGAGUUGUAAAGUGAAACAAGAUAUUAUUAAGUUUUUAGGAAAUUAUAGCUCCUUAUUUUCUAUAAUGAGUUUACACAAAGCAAGGAUUAAACUUUUUGAAGAGAUAUUGGAGAAUGAAGUGAUUGAUAUCAAUUCCCUUAGAAAACUAGCUUUCAAUGGAAUACCCGAUGACAAAGGAUUACGGUCCCUGGUGUGGAAGAUAUUACUACAUUAUGUACCACAAGAAAAAAAUGUUAGAGAAACAAUUCUAACUAAUAAACGGCAGCUGUAUAACCAAUACAUAAAUGAGAUCAUAGUAUCACCAGGAGGCCCCAGUGACCAUCCCUUGAACAUGAGUCCAGAUAGCUCCUGGAGUACCUACUUCAGAGACAAUGAAGUCUUGUUACAAAUUGAUAAGGAUGUCCGUCGUUUAUGUCCUGACAUAUCAUUCUUCCAAUCGGCUACUGAAUUUCCAUGUCCAGAGAUUGUAAACAGCAAUGGAGUGAAAAGACUGCAUAAAAGAGUAGAACAGUCCAUGCUGAGGUACUCUACUCUUGAGAGGAGAGGCCUGGGGGUGGCUAAGCUAAGCAACGAGAUCCGACGGUCAGACAGCCAGCCGUCCGGCGACUACGAGCCGCUGAACGAGGGCUGCGAGGCGCACUGGGAAGUGGUGGAGCGCAUGCUGUUCCUCUACGCCAAGCUCAACCCGGGCCAGGGCUACGUGCAGGGCAUGAACGAGAUCAUUGGCCCGAUCUACCACACCUUCGCCACCGACCCCAACUCUGAAUACCGACAACAUGCCGAGGCAGACUGCUUCUUUUGCUUUACCAAUUUGAUGUCCGAAAUUCGUGAUUUCUUCAUUCGCACCCUCGAUGAGACUGAAAGUGGUAUUAACUACAUGAUGAACCGGCUCUGUGACUGUGUGAAGAAAAAUGGACCCCAGGUUUGGAAUCGAAUGGAAGUUCAGGAGCUUAAACCCCAAUACUAUAGCUUCAGGUGGAUAACGUUGCUACUUUCUCAAGAGUUUUCCUUGCCAGACGUAGAAAGGCUAUGGGAUUCCUUAUUUGCAGAUGCGAUGAGAUUUGAUUUUCUGAUAUACAUAUGCUGUGCCAUGAUUUUACUCGUGGAAGACAACUUGCUCAGCGGCGAUUUUGCUUCGAACGUCAAGCUGCUUCAAAACUUCCCUCCAAUGGACGUCUCUCUUAUACUGAACAAGGCUGUUGAAAUAUCGCAGAGGUAAUACCUCUUGUCAUAGUGUAUUUGAUACCUACUUUACAGGAUUUUACAUUGAUAAUUUAAUACGUAAGUUUGGAGAAUUUAUUUCAAAUUUUAGCAUUUAUUUAAACUUAAGAAGAUAUUAUAGCUGUACUGUAUGUAAUUAAUUAACGGUUAAAAAGAGUUUUCAGACUAAAAAGUGAUAAUAAACGGCCGGGGUAAAUUUUGGUUGUUGAUCGAAAUCAUUAGAAUAAGAAAGACGUAUGCUGAGAGUUUCGGACUAGUUCGAUAUUAUAAUUAUAUUUAAUACCAGUUGGGGUAAGAAUAACGUUAGUUUCUUUAAUCCGGGGUAGAGGAACAGUAAGGGGAUUCCGCAAAAUUAUUAGUUUUCCCCAGUGUUUAUCUUACCCCAUCUAACCUUGUGUCUUAAAUGAAAGUAGUUACCAAUGCAUUUUUUUUCCAUAAAAUCAUUUAAAUACGCGCCUAAACGAAAUAGGCUUUAAUAUGUGCUAAGAUUAUACUAAUAACUGAAUUUUAACAUAAAACUCAAGUUAGGAAAGAUUUCACUAGCUAUAGAUAGCAUACUCGUAUCAUAUCACCUUCAUAUCAAUUUAGAAAGUCAAUAAUUUAUUUUUUCAGUAGUUGUGAAUAAUUAAUUAUUUCUUCGUGGAUCUUGUUGUCUGUCCUAAAUUAAAUGUUUACUUUAAAAACCGGCCAAGAGCGUGUCGGGCCACGCUCAGUGUAGGGUUCCGUAGUUUUUCGUAUUUUUCUCAAAAACUACUGAACCUAUCAAGUUCAAAACA